CCAUCAACAAAAGAACAAGAUCUCACCAUAAUAUUUUAAAUUCUGCUAGCAAAGGGUGUUCGUUUACAGAAGCAAAAUAUUACAAUGAGUUCAACAAGCAGAGCUUGGGUUGUGAUGGCUACAGUUGGAACAGUGGAGGCACUGAAGGACCAGGGAAUUUGCAGAUGGAAUUAUACAUUAAGGUCGCUUCAGCAGCAUGCCAAGAACCAUUUGAGGUCAGUUUCACAGACCAGGAUGCUGUCUUCUCAGUCUUCUGCUGCUGUUCGGAAUCAAUUGAGAGAAGAGAAAGCAAAGCAAUCUGAAGAAUCUCUGAGGACAGUCAUGUACUUGAGCUGUUGGGGUCCCAAUAAUUGAGGAAAAU